AUAGGCGCCAAACUGUGAUUUCUAACCCCACGUGUUGCUUUCAAAUAUUAAAUUAUGUCAGCAAAACCUAUGAUAUCUACAAAUUUACCAUGGGUUGAAAAAUAUCGGCCGAAAAAAUUGGAUGAUUUAAUAUCCCACGAAGAUAUCAUCAAAACUAUAAAUAAAUUUAUCAAUGAAGAUCAACUUCCUCAUCUUCUCUUUUAUGGACCUCCUGGUACUGGAAAAACUAGUACCAUUCUUGCUUGUGCACGUAAAUUGUACACAGCAGGACAGUUUAAUUCAAUGGUAUUAGAAAUGAAUGCUUCAGAUGACAGAGGUAUCGGCAUAGUAAGAGGACAGAUUCUUAAUUUUGCAAGUACAGGUACAUUGUACAAGUCUGGUUUUAAGUUGAUUAUCCUUGAUGAAGCAGAUGCCAUGACUAAUGAUGCACAGAAUGCUCUUAGGAGAAUAAUUGAAAAGUACACAGACAAUGUUCGCUUUUGCAUCAUAUGUAAUUAUCUCAGUAAAAUUAUCCCUGCUCUCCAAUCACGGUGUACAAAGUUUAGGUUUGGACCACUUUCUUCAGAUCAAAUUUUACCAAGACUAGAAACAAUUAUUAAAGAAGAGAAUUUAAAUGUGUCUGAAGAUGGAAAAGAAGCAUUAAUAGCACUAAGUGGAGGAGAUAUGAGGAAAGUUUUAAAUGUUCUUCAAAGCACAUGGCUUGCUUUUGGUACGGUCACAGAAGAAACUGUUUAUACUUGUGUUGGACAUCCUCUUCCAAUAGAUAUAAAGAACAUUGUAAACUGGUUAUUGAAUGAAUCGUAUGAAUUAUGUUAUUGCAGUAUCCUUUUUGUUUCAUAUGUAUCAGAAAUUAUUUUGGAAGUUGUAGAAGUUUCUUUAACUUAUGUUCAUACAGAAAUUCAAGACAUAAAACUGAAGAAAGGACUGGCAUUGCAAGAUAUAUUAACACAACUUCAUUUAUUUGUAAAUAAAAUUGAGUUUCCAGAUUCAAUACUUAUCGAACUGAUAAUUAAGCUGGCAGAAAUAGAAAAAAGGGUAGCUAUUGGUUGCAGUGAACCAGUACAAUUAAAUGCUCUCGUUUCAGCGUUCCAAAAUGCUCGUAACAUCGAAACUUCUUAGGAUAUUAGUUGAAGACGUUGAAUGUGCUCGAGUGUAUUCAACACAAUUACAGUGCGUCUGUGCUCGAUCGUACAAGUGGAACAACGUCUGACAGUGGUCUGACAAAUACCUCCCAAUCAGCACGCGAUCGUUCAAGCAUCACGUCGACGAAAACAUAUCCAGAUUCCAAACAUGCAAUGCUGCUAUUUUCUGUGGCAGUGAUGCUC